AUGAUCUUCCUGCCUCGCCAAGUUCUCCCGACGAUCCAGCUCUCUCGUCAAGCCCCGCUCUCGGGUCGGAUCGACCCUAAGAUCCAGGCCGACGCUGAGAGGCGGAACCGCCUGCUCGAGAAAGAGGAGAAACGCUACCGGAUCCUCCACAAGAACUGGCGCCGCUCUGAUCAAGCUCCUCCGGCCUCUGUCCCGACCCCGUUACCGACUCCGUCUCCGUCGUUUCAGUCCAAGUCUCCGUCUGCCAAGAAGUCUGUCCGUUUUCAGCUCACGACCGCCCCUGCUACCGACUUCGUCUCCGUCGCCUCGGUCCAAGCCUCCGAAGAUCAAGCCCUGAUUAACGCUCUGGUCUGCCAAGUAGAGUCUCACGAGAGAUUCGAACAGUGGAACGAACUCGAACCGUUGAUGCCCCGGGAUCCAGUCCAGCUCGAGCCAAGCUCCGGCCUUGACCAGACCGUCCCUAACUUCAUCGAGCCCGAUCCGAGUCCGCACGCCGCAUCCGUCCUCUUCGCUCCGAAACCGAACACGACCGCCCGCCGCUUCUGCAUCGACUACCGUUGGAUGAACGAUCAUCUUAAAAGUCGCAUCACGCCCGCUCCGUCCCUCGAAGGUACUGCUUUCGGUUGCCGUGAAGCUCAACGCUUUACGAAGAUCGAUGUGAUCCAGGCCUUCCACCGUCUCCGCAUGGACCCUGACUCCGAGUAUUUGACCGCCUUUCGCACCCGUUUCGGAACUUUCCGCUGGAAAGUCCUCCCGUUCGGUCUGAAGGUAGGUCCCGCCUGGUUCCAGCAGUUUAUCAACGCGCAGCUUCACGAUCUCCUCGACCGGUGCGCCAGCGCCUACGCAGAUGACGUCCUGAUCUACUCGGAUAAAGAAGAAGACCACUGGAAAGACUGUCAAGAAGUGAUCUGGCGACUCCAUCAGGCCAACCUCCAGGGAGACAUCAAGAAGUCUAGAUUUAACGUGACCAAGGUUGACUACCUCGGCGUUCUGCUUGAAGCCGGUGUGGGCCUUAGUGUCGACCCUCGGAAAGUUCGAUCGAUACAAGACUGGAAGUUUGAAGACCUCCGAGACCGCACCGCGAUCCGAUCAUUCGUUGGCCUAUGCAACUUCAUCCGUGUUUUCUGCUACCACGCCUCGGGAGUGGCAGAACCCUUGAACCGGUUGCUUAAGAAGGAUGUUGCCUUUGUGAUGGGCCCGGAGCAACGCGAAGCAUUUGAUCAACUCAAGCGCCUGGCUAUCGAAGCCCCGGUCCUCGCCUUCUUUAGACCAGAACUGCCGACCCGACUGGAGACCGAUGCCUCCCGGAAUGCCACAGCUGGUGUUCUAUGGCAGGAACAGCCUGAUCAGACCUGGAAGCCCGUUGGAUUCUUCUCUAGGACCAUGACCCCGGCCGAGCGAGCCUACCCAAUCCAAGAUCAGUGUCACGACCCUGGGCGCCAGCGUAGAGCCGCCAGCGCAGCACCUCACCAGUGUCACGUGCCCAAGCAGCAUCACGUGCCCACGCGCGACCUCGUGUCUAUAUAA